AUUUUUAACAAAUGAACUAGUAUUAGCCAAUAAAAAAGAAGUAAUAGGCAAAGGCUAAAAUUCUUGAGUCUGGACAUUUCACCAAACCGAGUCCGUCUUUGAAUUUCUGUGGUGAGAGUGAAAUUAACAAUGGCGUCGAAAGCAAGCAGCUCCAUCUUCCAAAGCCUGAAACGCUACAUCAAGAAGCCAUGGGAGAUAACCGGACCCUGCGCCGACCCAGAAUACAAAAACGCUUUGCCAAAAGCGACGGAGUACCGUAUUCGCUGCCCCGCCACCACUUUGCAAAAGCCCAUCGUCCCAACCUCCGAUCCCGAAACUGUCUUCGACAUCAAAUAUUACACCCGCGAUCAACGCCGCAAUCGCCCUCCUAUACGCCGCACCAUCUUGAAGAAAGCUGACGUGGAGAAGAUGAUGAAAGAGAAAACCUUUGAUGUUAAUGAUUUUCCUAGGGUUUACUUGACUGCUAAAGUUGAAGAGGAUGAGAAUGCUGUUGGUGGAGGUUACCAGAAAUAGGCCUCUGAGAACCUGUGGCAAAAUUUAGCGUGCACCAGUUCCCUCUGUUUCACUCUUGCUGGCUUGUCAUGGAACAAAUGCAGGCCAUGUUAGCAAUAGCAAUUUCUUGAGACUCUUGAAGUUAAAGAGGAUGUGGUUUCCAACAUUAAUAAGGAUAGUUGCCUGGAUUUUGUUUAUUUUGUGGGUUUAUUCUGUUAAUCAACAUGUAUUUAUAAAUCCAGAUGCGACUGCAGUUGGGUGAUGGAUGAUUUAAUUGACUUCUUCAAGCUUUUAUGAUUUUCUAAA